AUGGCUGGACGGGAGAGUUUUGCAGGUUUUGGCGUGACUCAAAAUAAUUAUUACUGGUAUUGGCAAAGGGUGAAGCCAAGUUCUAACCCUGACAGGAUUACCCCUUUGAUAAAUAGUAUGAGCAACAGCAUAACUGUUACUCUCUUUCUGGCUAUAGUUGCAGCUGUCAUAGAUGGAAAUGGACACCACCUUACUUCUGUUCAUGAGAACUCUGGACACCCAGCUGAACCUUUGGUUACACCUGAGGAGACCACAGAUUUAGCUGAAAAACAAGAUGAAAAACCACUAGAAGAUCCGUGUCUUCAUUUGAAUAUUGAGAAGUUAAAUAGUUUAUGGUGA